AUGCGGUUUGCUUACUUAUGCGGAAAAAUGGCUGCCGCCAGUUUGGCUGUUUUCUGCCGAAGAGUCUCGGCGGCCCUGAAGGCUUCCAGGUCGUUAAUAAGUCCUCAGGCCCCUUCUAGCACAAGUUGCAGGUUUUCUCUUAGUCUGUUGACUAAGAAUACACCAAAUGUCACAUCUUUUCACCAGUGUAGAUUACUUCAUACCACAUUGUCUAGGAGAGGACUGGAAGAAUUUUUUGAUGACCCAAAGAAUUGGGGGGAAGAAAAAGUGAAAUCUGGAGCUUCAUGGACCUGUCAGCAAUUAAGGAACAAAAGUAAUGAAGAUUUACAUAAACUUUGGUAUGUUCUCCUGAAAGAAAGAAACAUGCUCCUAACUCUAGAACAGGAGGCUAAGCGGCAGAGAUUGCCAAUGCCAAGUCCGGAGCGGUUAGAAAAGGUAGUAGAUUCCAUGGAUGCAUUAGAUAAAGUUGUCCAGGAAAGGGAAGAUGCCCUCAGACUUCUUCAGACUGGUCAAGAAAAAGCUAGACCUGGUGCUUGGAGAAGAGACAUCUUUGGAAGAAUCAUCUGGCACAAGUUCAAGCAGUGGCCUAUACCUUGGUACCUAAAUAAAAGAUACAAUAGAAAACGAUUCUUUGCAAUGCCCUACGUGGAACGUUUUGUCAGAUUGAGAACUGAGAAGCAAGCCCGCAUCAAAGCAAGGAAGAGAAGUUUAGCAAGCAAGAAAGAAAAGUUUCUUCAGGAAAAGUUUCCACAUCUUUCUGAAGCCCAGAAGUCAAGUCUUGUCUAAGAUAUCUGAACUCUUAAUUUACCAUUUUGUUUUUCUUGGAUUAUAAUCUGUAUACAAAAGUAAAUACAUAUUAAGUGGUUUAUAAAUAACUUGUGUUUUUAGUCAAAUGACUGUCGACUGUUUUAAGUGUUAUUAUGGCAUGCUCAAUCUGGAAGUGGUCAAAAUCAGGUAUAAAGUUCAGAUUAAAAAUUCCCAUU